UACGCCGGCUGGCAUGCCAAAGAAGGCUUCCCCCUCGACAAGGUUAGCUGGGAGAAGUAUAACACACUGAUUUACUCUUUUGCGUACGUUCGAGACAAUACCAAACGUGCAUCAUAUCACGCUAUUAAUGGGUCUGAUGCUUCCUUGCUUCCUGAAUUUGUCAAGAAAGCACACAGGCAUGGCGUUCAAGCGCAUCUUGGCGUUGGAGGUUGGACUGGGAGCCGCUGGUUCUCCAGCAGUACCGCCUCGGCCUCGAAUCGCACCAAGUUCAUCGAUACUCUUACCCGCUUUGCUCGGAAGCAUCACCUAGAUGGUAUCAAUUUCGACUGGGAAGCCCCAAACGACCCCGGCAUUGGAUGCAACACACACUCUCCGAACGACACCUCCAACUUCCUUGCCUACCUUCAAGAGCUGCGUGCGGAUCCUGUCGGCUCUGGGCUCACUCUCACCGCUGCCGUUGGCGUUAAUCCCUUCCCCGAUGCCUCUGGGAAUUCAUCGACGAACGUGUCCGCGUUCGCGGACGUCUUUGACUACGUUGCUGUGAUGAAUUAUGGCGUCUGGGGUCCCUGGUCGGCUAGCGUCGGCCCGAACGUGCCGCUCAACGACACAUGUAUGGAUGACCAAGAAGGCUCGGCAGUUAGCGCGGUCGCGGUAUGGAUGGAGGCAGGUAUGCCUGCGCACAAGAUCGUGCUUGGCGUCGCGGCGUACGGUCACUCCUACUCGGUUAACCAUACGUCGGUGUUUGGAUCUCGAAAGAACCUGUCACUGGUUCCGUAUCCUGCUUUCAAUGCCAGCAACCCGCCUGCUGGUGACAAGUGGGACGACCCAGGCAGUGUCGACGAGUGCGGGAUAUAUGAGGAUCCUUCAGGCGACUGGGACUUCUGGGGGCUCAUCGACGGUGGAUUCCUGGAUAAGCAAGGCAAACCCCUCGAUGGGAUUUAUUAUCGCUACGACGAGUGCACUCAUACCCCAUAUGUCUACAAUGCGACAUCGGAAAUCAUGGUUUCGUAUGACAACGUAGAGUCAUUCAAAAUGAAGGGUGAGUUCAUCAAGAAUAAUAGGUUGCGAGGGUUUGCGAUGUGGGAGGCUGGUGGUGACUACAGCGAUAUCCUACUCGAUGCUAUUCGCUUGACUAGCUAA